CAAAAAAGCAAUAUGAUAGCCAGAAGGGAGAGGCAUGGUUUAUAUAAAACCCAGUCUGGCACAAUCCAUGGAUUUCUUCCUAGGAAAAAGUUAUGAAACUUUUGGCAAACUUUUCAUUGGCUCAAAAGCACAACAGAGUGGUAAAUCAGCCACUUGAUCUGUGUGGAGCUGAAUCCAAUACGGUCCCCCUGGAAAAAGUGAGUCCUUUUUGCAUUCAUUUCUCUCCUUCCCUCUGCUGUUUUGUCUUUUCCUCAUUAUCUGAAGGAACCUGAUUUGCAUCUUUCUUCCAUUGUCGUGUGGACCAGUUCUUGGAUUCCUGUCUCCUGCCACACCCAGUUGCUGCUGUUUUCUUUCCUAACUGGUGAAAGAGAAAAUGGAGGGUGAGACUGCCAUAAGGAUUCCAGGAACAGCACUAACUUUUAACCCCUCUGCCUAUUUUCAUCAGAGCACCAAGAAUACCAUGUGAUUCGAUUUAAACACACCGUGUAGCAAGUAGACCAAAGCUGAUCCCACUGUUUUCUAGUUUUCCUGCAAUGGACUUCAAAUUCACAUUCCUAACCUACAGAAACGGGUGUGGGUCAGGCAUGGAGCAAGCAGGAUGGCGGUAGGGCUGCCAAUUUUUCAACCAGCUGCUGCAGCUGUGCCUGUAAGAAAUAUCUGCACGUGAACUGUUUAACCCCAUGCCUAAAAACACUUCAUAUGCAGAUUUUGGCUUUUGUUCAAAUGUUGAAAGAGCAGAUCAAUCCAUUUCCACUCACCAGCCUGUCAUCCUGCCCGGUCCAAUUAGCGAUCCUUAUGCGGUGAUAUGCAAAACAUAAUUUUGGUUGCCUCCAGAAUGUCAGCACAAUUAAAUUCAUACAAGGCACACUGCAACCAUGGUGCUGCAAAUCUACUUCAAACACAAUAAUGGACUUUAUGGGAAGUUGUGAAUUAGGGUGGAUUCAGGAGGAAUGCUCUUUGCCAUAUAACCCCCUCCAAAUAAAUCAGAACAAAUGCUCAAUAAAGUUCAGGCAUAGUGUUCCCAUUACCACCUUAGAGAACAGUGAAGUUAUUUUUUUCACUACUACAUUUCACAGUUCUGCCACCUCCUCCUUGAUGUUCACAUAGGCUGUUCAUUUCUGUUUCUGUACUAACCAGGGGGUAUUGAUGGGGGUAGGGAGCGGGUGGCGCUGUGCUCUAAACCACGGGGCCUCUUGGGCUUGCUGAUUGGAAGGUCGGCAUUUCAAAUCCAUGCGAUGUGAGCUCCCUUUGCUCUGUCCCAGCUCCUGCCAACCUAGCAGUUCGAAAGCAUGCCAGUGCAAGUAAAUAAAUAGGUACCACUGCGGCGGGAAGGUAAACGGCGUUUCCACGUGCUCUGGUUACUGUCAUGGUGUCCCGUUGUGCCAGAAGGGGUUUAGUCCUGCUGGCCACAUGACCCGGAAGGCUGUCUGUGGGCAAACGCCGGCUCCGUCGGCCUAAAGCGAGAUGAGCAACCCCAUAGUCACCUUAACCGUACAGGGCUCCUUUACCUUUACCUUUUUUAUUAUUGAUGGGGGUGAGGGAUGUGAUUCCCUUGGCAAACAUGUUCACAUUUUUGCUAGAGAAAAAUUAGGAGUGACUCAAGGACUCCUUUUGGCAUGAAGCUGGGUUGAGAAACAACACCUCAAUUUAUAACAAAGUGCAGGAUACACAAUGCAUUUUGGGUAACGUCCUGUGAAAACACAAUAAAAACAUGACACUGGUAAUACAGUGAAUGCAGUGAUUGGGAAUGUGGCCACAGUCUUGGUCUAAGCAUUGUGCCAGCAAAUCAGGAUGGAUUCUCAAUAAACAGCUCAUCUGGAAGAGCCCAUGGUGUGAGACCCCUAUUCAUAUCUGAAACUCAGGGCUGCCAUUGGAGCACCAGACUCCUUCCUCCUGCAUCACAUGCCCAUCCUCCUCUGAAUCACCUAUAGCCUUACUGCAGGGGGAAGGGGAAUGAUGUGUUCAGCUAUCAAAGCAGUACCCCUCUCUUCUCCAUGCCUAUGUCCGAUUUAUAUGAAUGCUUAUUAGAAUUUGCACAUCACAUCUGUUCUGGGCACAGAGGGAGAGGUUGUGUUCACUGUGCAAAUGCAGGUUAGCAAUUCUGUCACCGCACUGCCCUCUCGUGGCAAAAAUAAGGACACACAAAUUGUUCUACUAAAAACUGUGUAUACUGUAUCCGCUGCGCUUGUGGGCUGUUAUAUGUAGGCAGUACCACUCAUGCAAUUAGGACCAGAAUCUCUGAGCAUAGGUCCAAAAUACAUAACAUAUGUUUAGGCGCCCCAUUAGUCCAGCAUUUCCAGCAAGCAGCCCAUACAGAGAAUAAUCUGAGUUUUUUUAAUCUUGUGGACCUUUAAAAAACAACCUUUUAGAACUGUAGAUAUACGAAGAGCCUUGUUACAGAAACAGUAUAAAUUAAUAUUUCAAUUAGGAACCUUAUAUGCAAAGGGUUUGAAUACUGAAUUCGAUCUAAAAUGCUAUGUAUGAGUGUACUGUUGUUUGGUUGUAACAGAAAAGUGAUGCUGCAGCUUUAAUCAUGUAAUCAUGUAAUCAUGUGAUGAUUGAUUCUAUACUCCUGUAUUGUAUUUAACUGCUUGUUAUGAGUCUGAACAUUAGUUGUGCCUGUGAAUACUUUCUUUAUCCUGAGCAAACCAUUUUGUAUGAUUGGGUAAGGUAUAGUAUAAGACUGAUCUUUUCUAAUUUCUAUGGUUUACCACACAUUGUAAUUGGAGUGCUAUUUUGUAUCAUGCAGCUUUUCGGACUGAUGAAGUGUGUAGCGAAACCUGUAAUAAAUCCGGAGAACAGGUCUCUUUUUGCCCACUUGCGUUAUUCUCACCAUCGUGGUGGCUUUGAUUUGCCUUCCCGUGAUUGAUCCAUGUACCCGGCUUUGUCUUUCCAACUCAAGAUCCAUUGAAGAACAUCUCAUCCAGCUCAAUCUUUGAAAAACAGCUUUGAAAAACUUUUUCAUAUUCUCCAGAGUGCUACCCUUGCCGUUGUGGCAGUAUGGGGUUGCCGUUCUGUGAUUGGACUUAUACUUGUUGAAUGGUUCAUUUAUCCAGUCCGUAUAACGUUUAGUGUACAUGUAAUUUGUUAAGAUAGAGUUGUACACUUAUCCACUCCAUGUUUACAUUAUCUCCAGGCUUUGUCUUGCACAUGGCACCUUAGUAUGUUUGUUUUUUGAAUGGUUAUAUGUCUAUCUCUAUUCUAGCUAUUAUUCUAGUAAAUUUGGUUUUAUGCUUAUAAGCCAGUUUGUGGUGUUGUUGUUGUUUUGUUGUUUCUUUAUCUGCUGCCAUAACUUAUUUUAUGCAUUAUAAUAUGUAUUAUAUUAUGCAUUAUAAUUUAUAUUACAAUCCUAGGUGCUAGGAAGAAUGAGGCUGUCCGAAGACGUCUUUUGCCUAUUCCUUGCAGUCCUGCUGGUUGAUCUACUCCCUGAGUCAUCCUGCGGCAACAACCCCCGCUAUGAGAAGUUCCUGAACCAGCACCGAGACGAGCCCAGGAGCCGCUUCCACGGCCGAUACUGCAACACCCUCAUGGGCAGCCGUGGCCUGACCAAACCCGAGUGCAAGGAGGUGAACACUUUCAUCCACGGCUCCAAGCGGCAGAUCCGGGCCGUGUGUGCCGAAGGAGGGCUUCCCUCGGGGGAGCUGCGGAAGAGCCGGCAGCACUUCAGAGUCACCACUUGCACGCUCCGGGGGGGCUCCACUCGCCCACCAUGCGAAUACAAGGAGAACAUUUCACCCAGGUACAUUGUCAUUGGCUGCGAAGGCGGCUGGCCGGUGCACUAUGACGAAAGCCAGAUUGUGACCUCUCUUUGAAGCACCAUUGGUAGACCUGAAGGAAUCUCUCUUCCCUGUGUAUUCAUCAAAUUCUGUAUCCCAGUAUCCCAGUCAAAACAAAGCCCAAGUACAUGAAAUAGCUGUGUUCACAUUAAUCCAUUGAAACCUUCCCUUGCCUCGACUUUUCCUUCCCUCUUUAUUUCUCACCUCCCCCAUUCUCAAAUAGAUUGUAAGCUCACUGGGGCAAGGAGUCGCCUUUAAUGUUUGUUGCUCUGCAAAGUGCUGUGUAUACAGAUGACACUGUUUCAACGCUAAUAUUGUCAUUGUUAAUCAUGGCCACCACCAUGGGAUCAAGAUUGAAUCAUAUGCAGAUUAGGCCCACUGAAAUCAAUAGGGCUUCACUGAGUCAUCACUGGUAUUCCAAACAGUAAGGAGACUACCCUAAAUAUGAAUGAGACUGAAUCUGAUCCAACAAGUUUACACAGUGGUACCUCUGUUUUUGAAUGUCUCCAUUGAUGAACAUUUCGAUUUUCGAAAUGCUUCAGUUUUCGGAUAUGCCUUGGAAGUCGAACAUGCAACACAGCUUCCACUGAAUGCAAGAUCCUGUGGCCUAGCUGUCAGCUAUUGAGUUUUUGGUUUUCGAACGUUUCAGAACUCAAACCGUCUUCCGGAACAGAUGACGUUCGAAAACCAAGGUACCACUGUAAUAUCAUUUUACAGAAAUAAGUGACAAUGUGCUGGAAUAUACUGUUAUUCAGCACAUGUGAUUGGGAAGUAUCCUGGCAGCGCUACGAUUUACCAUGACAUUAUUGAAUCGUAUCGCUUUGAAGAAUUUCUUGCUGCUGUUUGCUUUAUUUCUGUGCUUUUGUGUUUGGUGUUAUAAUGAUUGUGAUGUUUUAUUUUCAACGCUGUUGUGAUUAUUGUGAGCCACUGCUCACAAUAUAUAUAUGCUACACAUAUAUUGGCUGCACAUGUAAAAAGAAAAGUAAGGACUAUAUAAAUACACAUUAAAAACCUUACAAACCUUUUUUAUUCAUUAUCUUUAAAUUAGAAGUGAAUAAAACAUUGCAUAUG